AUGAAAUAAAAAAAAUAAAAUACAAAGUUUCUACAGUAGAUUAGGCAGUUAUGUCGACGUUAGAUAAUUAUUUAUUCAUUGGUAUUUAAAAACUAACAGUGAAUAAUAUUCUAUGUAUCAAAAUAAAGUCUUUUUUAAUGGUGCUGUUUUCCUCGUCAAAUGUAAUAUGACGAGGAGAAAGCAGCGUUUUAAAAGGAAUCCAAAUGAGUAGGGAACAUUGCCAGGAAAUGCAUUUUCCGGUAUGAAUCAAAUUAUUAAUUUUUGUGAAACAACUAAACUGCUAUUAGCAAACGCAAUUAAAUUCAAUUGAAUUAUGUUUUUAUAAUCUGUCAAUCUGACGCUUACAUUUUUAUAUUAAAACGUGAAAAAACUGCCCCGUAAACCUAGCCAAGACUGAAAAGUGCAUGAAGACACUCUUGUAUGCAGCUAAUGCUAAAAUAAAUAGAAAAUAAUAAGUUUUAGUGUUUCCUGCAAGUAACGUCCAGUUUACUAUUUAGUCAGAAAUAAAUACUAUAAUCAGCAACACCAUUCAUUGCCCAGUGACCCUAAACAUAUCAAUAAACACCCGGCAUUAAACUAUAGGAAGCUAAAGCUCAAAGAAAAUUUUUAUGAUAAAACUAAUAAAACCUCUGCAUUUAGUCAUAAUCACACAGGCUUUUCAGAAACAACAUGUAUAGCAAUAUGGUAAACUAGUACCCUAUUUGCAUUGCCCAUGGCAAUUUAUGCUCUGGUAAAAUGAAAAUACAUGGCACUUUUAAUAUAUGGGUUCCUUUAUCGUAACAUACAUUAGCGUUUCUCAGAAAACAGAGAGACGCUGGUCCCUUUUCCAAAUCCUUUCUUUAUUUCUUUCCUUACUGCUGGACACUCUUGAGCACCCAACCCAGUCGACAGCUCAGUUGCAGCAAUACUGGACGCUGUCUCAGCAUCCAGACCAGAGACCACAGCUCUGUCAGCAACAAAAUACAGGAACCAGCCAAUCAGAACAACAACAAGAAUUACGGGGAAGGUACAAAAAGCACCAUGGACAGCUAGAAUUACAGACACAGACAGAGGUAAACAAACAGUGGCGGGAAAUACAGAGCAGGAAGGAACAAACACAUAGCGCCUAACCACAGGCAGAAACAGGAAUUACAGUACAGUGGCGCGGUGUCCUCCGGCAAUUGCGGUGGGCAGUCAGGCCAUGGGGGUGGGUAGUCAGGCUGUAGUGGUGGUGCUGGCAGCGGCAAGGCUGACAUCAGCAGCGAUGGUGGCGCGGGAUCCUCUGGUGCUUGCGGUGGGUAGUCAGGCUGUAGUGGUGGUGCUGGCAGCGGCAAGGCUGACAUCAGUGGCGAUGGUGGCGCGGGAUCCUCUGGUGCUUGCGGUGGGUAGUCAGGCUGUAGUGGUGGUGCUGGCAAUGGCAAGGCUGACAUCAGUGGCGAUGGUGGCGCGGGAUCCUCUGGUGCUUGCGGUGGGUAGUCAGGCUGAAGUGGUGGUGCUGGCAAUGGCAAGGCUGACAUCAGUGACGAUGGUGGCGCGGGAUCCUCUGGUGCUUGCGGUGGGUAGUCAGGCUGUAGUGGUGGUGCUGGCAGCGGCAAGGCUGACAUCAGCAGCGAUGGUGGCGCGGGAUCCUCUGGUGCUUGCGGUGGGUAGUUAGGCUGUAGUGGUGGUGCUGGCAAUGGCAAGGCUGACAUCAGUGGCGGUGGCACGUAGCCCUCCAGUGCUUGCGGUAGGCAGUUAGGCGGCGGUGCUGGCGGCAGCUGCCGCUCCCACUCUCCACUGGUAUCCUGCGCUUGGCUUGCGCCAUUUACAGGAAAGGGCUGACAUUUGCAGGGGGACGGAGGUUGUACUGGCAGCUGUCGCUGCUCCCGGUCUCUGCUGGUGCUCCGCUCCUGGCUUGCGCCUGUUGGGUCUGCAGUUCCCAUUCACCCUUCCCCCAUGUAGCUGGUUGGGGUGCGGCGUAUUCCCGCAGUGGCAGCACCUCUCUCUCCGGCACUCAUGUCGGCAGCUUCUCCCUCUCUGGCACUCAUGCAGGAUACGGCACCAGCCGCUCCUCCGCUUUCGCUUUUGGGCAGGCAGUACCUCCUCUUCCCCCUGGAAGGGGCAGCGUGCCACCUUGUGUCCGAACUCCCCGCAGGGAAGGCACCAGCCUUGAUCCUCCAGGCCACCGAGCGGGUCUUCAAGUCCGCCAUCCCACUGUGUCUGGGUUGGUUUGGGGUUGUAGUGGAUCCACUGGUCCAUCUUC